GUCCGAGCCUACGAGGUGAUAGUUUUGGCCUAUCCCAAACUUCUAUAUAGAUCUUCCCCGUCGAGAAGAAAGAACCCUAACUUACUCCAAGGCAUCUCGGAGCUUCACCGCUGCAGGAAAAUCGCCAAUUCCCAAUAUCAAGCGAGAGAAACCCUAACCGCGGAAGGCGCGUCUAAUUCGCCCAAUUGCUCGCUGUUUAAGCUUCGAUUCUUUGUUAAUGAUACAUGUCAAGUGCUUGGAGAAUAUGAGCUUUGGAAUCUUACGUAGGAAUGUAAUGGGAAUUAAUCAGGGUGAAGUUGUGGGUUUAUAUAUAUAAUUGGAUUGGAUGUUCUUGCUCUAUGUCAGAGGAUCUAUUCAUCUGGAAUAAAAAUUAGUGAGGAUGAGCAGAAGAAUUUUUAUUUCAAAUUAAUUAUAGCUGUGGAGCAGCUUGGAGCAUAUGAGCAAUGGAUCCUGUGGAGCACAGCUCACUUCGAGGAUUGCUCUAUUGGUGGUUUGCUUCAUAGUUUCUGUCUGUUCUAAUUUUGUUUUGUUAAAUAGAGUAAAUGGAGAUGAUAAAGUAUAUCAGACUAUACUGAGGUGCCUUAAUAUUUCUGAUAGAAAUGCUGUAGUUGGAACAAAUUAUAAUUUAUCCAUACUUUUGCUGCAGUUUGAGUCAUCAAGUUUUACCCGGUACUGAGAAUGAGUGGACGCUUUUCUCGCACAAUUUAUGUUGGGAACCUUCCCCUUGACAUUAAAGAACGCGAAGUUGAGGAUCUCUUUUACAAGUAUGGACGUAUAGUUGAUAUUGAAUUGAAGGUACCACCACGCCCUCCUUGUUUCUGUUUCGUGGAGUUUGAGAGGUCUCGUGAUGCAGAUGACGCAAUCAGGGGUAGAGAUGGCUAUAACUUUGAUGGUUGUAGAUUGAGGGUUGAACUUGCACAUGGUGGCCGUGGGCAAUCUUCUUCAAGAGAUCGCCGUGGUGGCUAUGGUGGCAACAGUGCUAGGGGUGGGGGUGGUAAUUUUGGCAUUUCACGUCACUCUGAGUUUCGAGUUAUUGUCAGUAACCUUCCUUCUUCAGCUUCAUGGCAAGAUUUGAAGGAUCACAUGCGAAAAGCUGGGGAUGUCUGCUUUGCUGAAGUUUCCACUGACAGUAAGGGAACUUUUGGUCUGGUUGACUAUACUAAUUAUGAUGACAUGAAAUAUGCUAUUCGGAAACUUGAUGAUACCGAGUUCAAAAAUCCUUGGGCGAGAACUUAUAUUCGGGUUGAUAAAUUUGAGCGCAGUCCACGUAGGAGCCGAAGUAGGAGUCAGAGUCCAAGUCGGAGCAGGAGUCCAGGUAGGAGUCGGAGUCGCAGCCGAAGUCGAAGCAAAAGCUUAAGGGAUAGGAGUAAAUCUUUGGAACGCUCUAUUUCAAGGUCACCUUCCAGGUCUAGAUCUGCAUCACCUGUCAAAGUAUCUAGGCCUAAAUCAAGAUCCAUUUCUGUGUCCCCUCAUCAGGGGCGAUCUGGAAGUGCUUAAGACUUUGCUUGGAUUGAGGAAUGUAAAACAUGGCGGUGGGACUUGGGUUGCUAAAAUUUGUAUUUUGUAGUUGUGGAACAAAAGGUUUUCAUUUUGAACUGUGUACUUAAAUUAGUUUUCAAGUCCAAGUAUUCAGAUUAUAAUGCCCAGUGUCUGGUUUAUUCCCCUUGGGCCAUAUGUUUUUUGAGAUUAUAAUUUUCGUUUUAAUAUUUAAUGAUCAGACCUUUUAUUUUUGGGACUAA